GGACGCAAAGUUCACACCAUUGUAUAAUCUUCUGUUAUCAAGGGAAAAUGCUAUCAAUAUGGGGUCAGGCUGUUGAAUAACCGGAAGUACCCUUUGCACCCUAUAAGAUUUACUGAACGUUAAUGGAGAACACAGAAUGCGCGUGUUUGUAACUGCACUGUUCGGACUUGUUAUCGCCUUACUUGGAUACCAUGGCACGGACUGGUUGGGAGGGGCCACAGCCGCGAAGGUAUCCGCUAAAAGGCCACUCAAAUUGGGACAUGUGACACAAGUGCAACAGAAUUUUGCCAAAAUCAGCAGAAAAGGACUCAAUAAAUUAAUCACAGAAUGCUUAAACCAACACUACCAAUAUUUGGCUAUGGCUAAUUAUUUUGACCGUGCAGACAUGGCACUGCCGGGUUUUCGUAAAUAUUUUGCUGCCAGUGCAGAACGAGAAUACAAUCGGGCCAAACUAAUGAUGGAAUACAUGAACAAACGAGGAGGCACUCUGAGUCUGAUGAGAAUGAAGGCACCUGUAAUGUUCAACUUUAGCCAAGGAAAGGCUGCCCUAGAGCUAGCUCUAAAACAGGCCCGCCAACUAAACAUCAAGAUCCUCCUACAGAACAAAAUAGCUAUGAAAUACAAAGAUCCAAGCAUGAAGCUGUUUUUGGAUGAGAACUUAGUAGACAGUCAGGUCGAACUGAUCAAACAACUAGGAAACUUUCUGACCCACCUGGAGUUGAUGAAGAAGUCCCACUCUGCAGGACUGGCUCUGUAUAUGUUCGAUCUGGAGCUUCAGAAGUAGUGUUCUUAAAAUACUUUAAUAUAUUACUCUUCAAUAUUUGUUGUUUGAUAGAGGGACAUGUGUUUGCUGUUAAAAGUUAUUCCACCCUCCUAUGAUGUCAUUAAAUUUUACAAAAUCAU